CAAGUCGCCUCGCACUCACCAAGGCCCUAUCAUCACCGAGUAUGAUCACUAUCGUUACAGUAUCCUACCAGGACGCAUUCGAAGCCGCAGUUGCACGCCUUCCUCCAUAAGCAUAUGCGCACUACAUCGAAAGAUUGCACGUUUUGAUUUCAUUUGAACCCUCAACAGUACACCUCCACGAUGCGCCGCUUCAUCCACUUUGUCAACUCAAUUGGGGCUAGGCCUUCAAUCAGCGAAGGUGCACCAUCUUACUCCGCUGUUGACAAGGACAGAUCGCAUGAGUCAACCGUUACACUUCUGAAGAUCGACACGACCAAACCAAAAAGACUUGACAGAUGGCUAGACAAGGUCGUCGCUUUUUCGGGCUCAAACUUUGUCUUGUUCCUGACAAUCAUUGUUUUGUUGGCCUGGGCAUUCCUUGGAAUAGAAUUCGCCAGCAAUACCGGUUGGCAGGUCGGUAUCUCGGAUGCUCAAGCCAUCAUCAACAUGGUGUUUGACUCUUUCCUCGUCCGUCAACAGUUGAACGCACAUACUCAAGCUAUGGUCGUUGCUUGUCAUCUUGACUCUCGCGCAACAAGUCACAAGAGAAUGCUGCAGAAUCUUGCAAGGAUGGAAAAGCCGGCACAGAGUCAGUCGAGAAUUGCAGUACCCGCCGUAGAGUUUCCACAAGAAGACCUACUCGGUCGUAUCUGUAACGCUGUGUCUGCAUCCAUGGGUCAUGUUUUGACAGUCAUCGGUUACUGGAUUUGCAUCGGCGUUUGGCUCGCCUUUGGCCAUCACCUUGGCUGGUCAGACUCCUGGUUCUUUUUCAUCAAUUCUGCCACUUCUGCUCUCAUGAUCUUUAUGCUUGCAGUCUUGGCUAACAACCGCGAGCGACAUGAGAAAUAUCUUCAAGAGUGCACAAAUCUUGUCAUGGCUGCUGAUACAUCGCUCGAGCGCCUACUUCGAGAAGUCACCGGCGAUACGCUCGAAAACGAGGUAGCGACCAUUUCGGCGCCCGAGGUCGGCAAAGUACAGCGUGCGAUCGACUUCUACGCUGACCUUGUUGGUACUCUGCUUGGAAUAUGUCUUCUAACGGUUGUCUUGGUCGCUUGGAUUGUCAUUGGUCCAAUCAUGUUGUUCGACGCCAACUGGUGGCUUCUCAUCGGCACUUAUGCCGGUUUGAUCGGAAUGAACGACGGCUUUGUCCUCCGUAACCUGUGCAAUAUCUGCAACCGACAGGAAGAUACUCAGUACGACCGACGCAUCCUCGAGGACAAGGGCUUAGCGGCUAUCAUCGGAGGCGACAGCGGCGACGAGGAAACCGCUCAGACGACUUGUCUGGAUGUCCGAUUCUCGAUCGCCAUGGGCAACUUCUGCUCGCACGAGUACACCGUAGUGGCAGGUGUGGUAGUGAUCAUCGCUCUCAUACUCACGGCUAGCUUGAUGCAUUGGAGCGAGCUAGGCCAGAUUAUCUGCAAUGUCCCGCCGAGCAUUAUCGAGUCUUUCUUCACGCUCAUCCUCAUCACCGGUCACAACAUUGGAGACGAGCAGAGGAGAGCGAAUUUGCAGAUUAUCUAUCGGUCUAGAUUGGAGUUGAUCUCUCGUGUUGAGAGUUGGCGAGCAUGAUGCUGGUUUCGUGGUUGCUAUGGCUGUCCAAGGCAAUCAUUGAGCGAUAAAUGCUCUCAGUGGACACGCUCCCAAACUAGCAAAACACCUUGCGUUUGGAUAGCCAGAUAGGUAGUCGGCCUGUGUCCGGAAAAGUUGGCCUGUAUUCACGGUGUUCUGGCGCACGCAUACA